GACCCCGGAAGUGCAGCUCGAACUUGGUCGGGGCGCGGAUCCCGAGAGGGAAAGUCAUAACAACCGCACGAGGGAGUUCGUCUGGCGAGCUGGAAGGCCACGCCUCCUCCCGCCUCCCCCCGCAGCCCUGUAGCUGGGGGCAGAGCUCAGACUGUCUUCUGAAGAUUGAUGUCUAUUUCCUUGAGCUCUUUAAUUUUGUUGCCCAUUUGGAUAAGCAUGGCACAAAUCCAACAGGGAGGUCCAGAUGAAAAAGAAAAGACUACAGCACUGAAAGAUUUAUUAUCUAGGAUUGAUUUGGAUGAGCUAAUGAAAAAAGAUGAACCACCUCUUGAUUUUCCUGAUACCCUGGAAGGAUUUGAAUAUGCUUUUAAUGAAAAGGGGCAGUUAAGACACAUAAAAACUGGGGAACCAUUUGUUUUUAACUACCGGGAAGACUUGCACAGGUGGAACCAGAAAAGAUACGAAGCUCUAGGAGAGAUUAUCACAAAGUAUGUAUAUGAGCUCUUGGAAAAGGACUGUAAUUUGAAAAAAAUCUCGAUUCCAGUAGAUGCCACUGAGAGUGAACCAAAGAGUUUUAUCUUUAUGAGUGAGGAUGCUUUGACAAAUCCACAGAAACUGAUGGUUUUAAUUCAUGGUAGUGGUGUUGUCAGGGCAGGUCAGUGGGCUAGAAGGCUUAUUAUAAAUGAAGAUCUGGACAGUGGCACACAGAUACCUUUUAUUAAGAGAGCUAUGGAUGAAGGAUAUGGAGUAAUAGUACUGAAUCCCAAUGAAAACUACAUUGAAGUAGAAAAGCCAAAGAUCCAUGUACAGUCAUCUUCUGAUAGUUCAGAUGAACCAGCAGAAAAACGGGAAAGAAAAGAUAAAGUCUCUAAAGAAACAAAGAAGCGACGUGAUUUCUAUGAAAAGUAUCGUAACCCCCAAAGAGAAAAAGAGAUGAUGCAGCUGUAUAUCAGAGAAAAUGGUUCUCCUGAAGAACAUGCAAUCUAUGUGUGGGACCAUUUCAUAGCCCAGUCUGCAGCUGAGAAUGUGUUUUUUGUUGCUCACAGCUAUGGAGGACUUGCUUUCGUUGAACUAAUGAUUCAACGAGAAGCAGAUGUAAAAAGUAAGGUAACUGCUGUGGCGUUGACAGACUCUGUUCACAAUGUGUGGCAUCAAGAAGCAGGCAAAACGAUUCGAGAAUGGAUGAGAGAGAAUUGUUGUAAUUGGGUCUCUAGCUCAGAACCAUUAGACACGUCAGUGGAGUCCAUGCUGCCCGAUUGUCCCCGAGUCUCAGCAGGCACCGACCGUCACGAGCUAACUUCCUGGAAGAGCUUCCCGUCUAUUUUCAAAUUCUUUACCGAAGCCUCUGAGGCAAAGACCAGUUCCCUCAAGCCGGCUCUGACGCGGCGCUCCCACAGAAUAAAGCACGAAGAGCUGUAAGAGGAGGACGAGCGAGACGGGGGAGGGGAAGCCAAGGCACCACACUCGAGCAUGCAUCCACACGUCUCCUAACUGCUUGUCGGCGAGCAGACUCCCAGCCCCUCAUUAGAUUGUUUUCUUCCUAGAGCACAGGGUCGUGAUAUAUACAUCUAAAUAGCGUUUUGCAUUAUUUCUAGAUGAGUGCAACUGUCAAAGCAAUAUGGGUUCACUGGUCGUGCUUCCUGCGGGCUGAGCUCGGGCUUCGCGCUGCCCGUCAGCGCGCAGAUUAAGGCUGACAGCGCCCUGCUCGGCGCGGCCGGCGCGCCUCUAAUUGCCCUGACGGAGCCCGCGCCGGCGCUGCGGGGCGAGCGGCGUCUGCGCGGUCCUACCGCCCGCUGCAGCGCAGCCGUCUCUGGCACCCGCCCCCGGCCCCCCUCAAUCAUGUCCAGGUUUUUUCUCCGAACAGAAGCAAACUUUUAUUCUAGAUUUCAAACUUCCAUUUUAGGUAGGUUUUCCUCUAAGAGCCUCUUCGCAUUUUUUUUUUUAAAGGAAGCCCCCCCCCCCCCAACCUCCCCAGAAAAGCCAAAUUUUUAAAUUCAGAACGUGAAUGCCGUGAUGUGCUAUGUCGUCUUGGGAGUGCAAAUUGUUCUCUAACAAUCUAUUUUCGAUUCGAGACCAGAAGAAAAACUUUGCGUGAAAAUCUAUGAAGUACCGAUGACACAUUACCGCUGAAAAUCCUUGCCAUUUUGAAUACGAGAUUUUACACAAGUCUCGAAUUUCAGAAGAUUGUUUAAACCAAAACGUAAUGAUGAGCAAAUCUUUUAAGUUGUGAAAGGUCCCGUUUUCAAUGGAAUUUCCAACUUUAUCAUUAGAAUUGACUUUACUUUUUAAAUGUAUAAUGUGUAUUGAGUGGCAUUGUAAUUUAGAUCACACACUUGUUUUGCUUUUAAAAUCCUAAUGUGCAGAAAGUUUGUUGUUGUUGUUGAUAAUCCUAACUAGCAUGAUCUAUUCUGAGCUUUCAUGGAGUUAGACCUUGUUAGGGAUAGUAUUUAUUGUCAUUAGGAAAAUGAACCUGUGUGCUGUUCUACCUUUUCCUUCUGAAAGGCUUAAGUGGAGCUAAAAUGAUUCUUCUAGGUUUCUGUUCCGAAAGAAAGGGAAAGAAAGACCUGGUGUGAAAGAUUUUCUCCUCUCAAUACAAUGGCAUAAUUUUUAGUAGUCCACUUCCUCUGUAGGGUUUUGCCCUACGGUUUCAACAAUUACUUUAAUCCAGCUAAUAUCUGGCCAACACUGUGAAAUAUAAGAGGUAAAAUAAGUUAAGAUUUUGCUGACUUUUAAAUUCAAAUAUUAAAUCUUAACAUUACCAAUUUUUAAUUACUUGAAUUUAAUUACCUAGUAAAGUUCUGUUUGUAGCAGAUGAUGGUCUGAAUUUAAUAUUUUUUCAUCCUUUUUUAAAGUAUAUGCAACAACAUGCCUGCCUUAUUUGAGGACGUGAUAAAAUGUACCCAAAAUGACUUAGAACUGUCUGACUCCUCAGAAAAAUAACUUAAAAUAACCACCUCAUGGAUGAGAUGUUUUUAUAUUAUGAACCGAUUUCAGCAAGUUUUAAAACUGAUAAUAUCUGUGUUUGGUAUGUAAGUACAAUAAUUCGUUCUUAUAGUUUUAAUGAUGGCAAAUUAAAGUGAUCUUUUUUCAGUG